AUGCCCUCCAUCGCAGAGUGCCAGCAGUCUGGCGACUUUGUCCUCAAGCCCGAUUCGGUCGCCCCUGUCCUUGACACCUCCAACUGGCCCAUCCUGCUCAAGAACUACGAGAAGCUCCUUGUUCGCAGCUCCCACUUCACCCCCAUCCCUGCCGGCUGCAGCCCCCUCAAGCGCGACCUCAAGACAUACAUUGAGUCGGGAACCAUCAACCUUGACAAGCCUUCCAACCCUUCGUCGCACGAGGUUGUCGCUUGGCUCAAGCGCAUCCUCCGUGUCCAGAAGACUGGCCACUCGGGUACUCUCGACCCCAAGGUCACCGGUGUCCUCAUCUGCACCAUUGACCGCGCCACCCGUCUCGUCAAGAGCCAGCAGACCGCUGGUAAGCAGUACUUGGCCGUCGCCAAGUUCCACGACUCGGUUACCGAGAAGGACAUCAUCCGCGGCCUCGAGACCCUCACCGGUGCUCUCUUCCAGCGUCCCCCACUUAUCUCGGCUGUCAAGAGGCAGCUGCGUGUUCGUACUAUUUACGAGAACAAGUUCAUCGAGUACGACCCCAAGCGCAACCUUGCCAUCUUCUCUGUCUCGUGCGAAUCGGGAACGUACAUUCGUACUUUGUGCAUUCACCUCGGUAUGCUCCUCGGCGUCGGUGCCCACAUGCAGGAGCUCCGUCGUAUCCGCUCGGGUAUCACCAGCGAGAACGACGACAUUGUCACCAUGCACGAUGUCCUUGACGCCCAGUGGGUCUACGACAACACCCGCGACGAGUCGUACCUCCGCCGCGUCGUCCGCCCCCUCGAGUGCCUCCUCACCAACUAUAAGCGUAUUGUUGUCAAGGACUCGGCUGUCAACGCCGUCUGCUACGGUGCCAAGCUCAUGAUCCCCGGUCUCCUCCGUUACGAGGCCGACAUUGAGUGCCACGAGGAGGUUGUCCUCAUGACCACCAAGGGUGAGGCCAUUGCCAUUGGUAUUGCCCAGAUGUCGACUGCCGACCUCGCCUCGUGCGACCACGGUGUCGUUGCCAAGGUUAAGCGCUGCAUCAUGAACCGCGACCUCUACCCCCGCCGCUGGGGCUUGGGCCCCAAGGCUCAGGAGAAGAAGAAGAUGGUCAAGGCCGGCUCGCUCGACAAGUACGGCAAGAAGAUUGCCGGUGUCACCCCCGAGAACUGGUCCAAGUCGUACGUCGACUACGCCGAGGGCGAGGGUGCCGAGCCCGCCGCUCUUGUUGCCACCCAGCCCGCCGCUGCCAAGAUCGAGGAGGUCCCCUCCACCCCCGCCGCCUCGGGCGAGAAGCGCAAGCGCAACGCCGAGACCACCGCCGAGCCCGAGACCCCCGCCGGUGACGACAAGAAGCAGAAGAAGAAGAAGAAGCUUGUCGGCGAGGACGGUAAGGAGCGUGAGGAGACCGAGGAGGAGCGCGCCGCCCGCAAGGCUAAGAAGGCCGCCAAGAAGGCUUCCGCCUAA